AAAAAUCGAUCACCCAGGAAGCUCAAUCGCGCCCUGCACUGUGAGUUGUAAUUGUUAUAGCACAUCUGUCAAUAAAAAUGGUCAUGAGACGAGCGUUGCAUUUUGUUUUCAAAGUUGGUGACAGGACCAAAACUGCCACGUUUUACCGAGAAGUUUUGGGCAUGAAGAUUUUGCGACACGAAGAGUUUGAGGAAGGCUGCAAAGCAUCUUGUAAUGGACCCUACGAUGGGAAAUGGAGCAAGACAAUGGUUGGCUUUGGUCCAGAAGAUGACCAUUUUGUUGCAGAGCUGACAUACAACUAUGGAGUAGGAGAGUAUCAUCUUGGCAAUGACUUCUUGGGACUCACUCUGCAGUCGAGCCAAGCUGUGAUCAAUGCUAAACGUCUCGGAUGGCCUCUCACUGAGGUAGGAGAGUCUCUGUAUCUGACCCAUGCUCCUGGAGGAUAUCCUUUCUAUCUCGUGGACAAAGAGCAGCCUCUUCAUGAUCCUGUGCAGAAGGUUUGCCUCGGUGUGUCAGACCUCCAGAAAUCAACCCACUACUGGAAUACAUUCCUGGGAAUGAAAAUAAUGGACAAGAAUGAGGAAAAGAAAACGAUCCUGAUGGGAUUUGCAGACACUCAAUGUAAGCUCGAGCUCCACGACAUCAGUGGAACAGUUGAUCAUGGAACAGCAUUUGGGAGAAUAGCAUUUGCAUGCCCACGGGAGCAGUUGCCGGACCUGGAAGCUUUGAUGAAAAAGGAAAAUCAGAAAAUUCUUACUCCACUAGUCAGCCUGGACACUCCUGGAAAAGCCACAGUAGAAGUGGUCAUCCUAUCUGACCCAGACGGCCAUGAGAUUUGUUUUGUGGGAGAUGAGGCGUUCAGGCAGCUGUCCAUGGCGGACCCCAAAGGAAAUGAACUGCUUGAUAAGGCUAUGGCUGAGGAUAAAAGUGACGAGUGGUUUGCCGAACAAAACAAACAGAAGGCUGCUGCGUGAGAUGAAGCGGCUCGGCUGUAAAACUGCACCGUCGAUUUCUCACCCAUUCAUGUGAUGAUGGGAUGCUGUUCGAGGCACUUGUAACAUAAAUCUUCUUGUAAUGUCAACUCACUUAUCUAUAGGCUGGGAGUAUGAGAUAUGUUUUCCCUUUGAUGCAAGACAUUAGGUGCUGCUGCAAUGACAGAUCAGGAUAAAUGGACCAGUUCAGUCUGAUGUACCGGUAUAUGUUUCCAAUAAAUGUUGUUCCUGUUAAUACGGCAGAAAAGUGGACAAAUAUACUCAAUUUGAUGCAGUUUAUGCUCAUAAAUUAUGAAAAGUGUCAUUGUGACCAGGAGCAAUUGGACUUCGGUUGAGCUUCCACUAACAGCCUGUGCAGUGUAUAUUUCCCAGUUAGUGCUUUUGGUAGCUUAAGUAAUUAGUGGUGGAAGUACUUAAACAAAAGUACUAAUACCACAUUAUGAAAAUACUCUGUUACAAGUAAAAAUCCUGAAUUUAAAAUGUUUCUUUAGCAAAUGUAUCAAAGUAAAAUUCAAAGCUCUCAUUAGAGAACUAUGUCCACUGUAACUGUUACACUAAUAUAGUAUUGCAGUAUACUAUAGAGUAUAUUAUUACUACUGUGUGUUAUUGUAAAAUCUAGUUUUGACUGUUGCGCUUGGUUAAGGUAGAGCUGAUUUUGAACUACUGUGUAUUCCAAAGUGUAUGGGACUAAUUAAUCUUUUCACUAUGGAAUAAUAUGCUGAUUAUUUUCUCUAUUAAUUGAUUAUUUGGUUUGUGAGAAUUCUGAAAAUUGCCAAAACUGACAUCUUCACUUUGGUUGUUUUCUCCAACCCACAGUCUAAACCUCAAAAUGAAUAACAAAAAUAAUAAAUUAUCUAAAUAUAACUAACAAAAUAAUAACGCUAAAUCUAUUAAAUCUAAUUUUUGUAUGCAAAAAAAAAAAAGAGUAAA